GUUUAUAAUGCUUAUAAUACAUGUCAUGUAUAAGCAUGUCAAGUGCCAGCAAAUGCAACAAAAAAUGAGAAUAGCGCCUAUCCACCAAGGCUACCAUCUCUAUCUCCUCCUUGCUUUUAUUGGCUCCAUAGCUCAAGUUCAAGCCGCCACAACAGGGAAUGUGACUGUCACACUCUCCCGGAAUAGUUUUCCGGAUGGUUUUAUAUUCGGAACGGCAUCAUCAGCUUACCAAUAUGAAGGUGCAGCUAAUGAAGGGGGCAGAGGACCAAGUAACUGGGACACUUUCACUCACCAACAUCCAGAGAAGAUAGCUGAUGGUAGUAAUGGCGAUGUAGCUACCGAUUCAUAUCAUCGGUACAAGGAAGAUGUUGCAAUUAUGAGAGAAAUGGGUCUAGAUGCUUACAGAUUCUCAAUCUCAUGGUCCAGAGUUUUGCCAAAUGGAAAACUAAGUGGGGGUGUGAACCAGGAAGGAAUCAAGUACUACAACAACCUCAUCAACGAACUCCUAGCCAACGGCAUACAGCCUUUUGUUACUAUCUUCCACUGGGAUGUUCCCCAAGCCUUAGAAGAUGAAUAUGGUGGUUUCUUGAGUCCUAAGAUCGUGGAUGAUUUUAGAGACUAUGCAGAGGUUUGCUUCUGGGAAUUUGGUGACAGAGUGAAUCAUUGGAUCACCCUCAAUGAGCCCUGGACCUUUAGCGCUUGGGGAUACUCUAACGGAGCUUGGGCACCAGGUCGUUGCUCCGAUUGGCAGCAACUGAAUUGCACUGGUGGAGAUUCAGGAACAGAGCCGUAUCUGGUGAUCCACCACCAGCUUCUUGCUCAUGCAGCUGCUGUAAACCUGUACAGGCAAAAAUAUCAGAAAGAACAAAAGGGUCUGAUAGGGAUCACCCUGAUAUCACAUUGGAUGGUUCCAUUAUCGAAUUCAACGCAACACAAGAAUGCCGCAAAAAGAGCACUUGAUUUUAUGUUGGGAUGGUGCAUGGACCCCAUAACAAAAGGGCAAUAUCCCAAGAACAUGCAAGCACUUGUUGGAAGGCGUUUACCAAAAUUCUCCAAAGAUGAAUCAGAGAUGCUUAAAGGGUCGUUUGAUUUCGUGGGGUUAAACUACUAUACUUCCAAUUAUGCAGCCGAUGCACCUAGGCUUAAAAAUGGAAGGAAGAGCUACUUAACAGAUUCUCUUGCUGAUCUUACAACUGAGAAGCAGGGGAUCCCAAUUGGUCCACAGGCUGGUUCAAAUUGGCUUUUUGUGUAUCCUAGAGGAUUUGAAGAUCUUUUGCUUUACACAAAAAGGAAGUACAACAAUCCACUUAUUUAUAUCACUGAGAAUGGAGUUAGGAAGCAUGGUGGUUCCAUGCAAAGUUUCAAUUUUGGUGCAAAGGGUGGGUUUAGAUAUAUUCACUUAAAGGGAAGGAGAGAGUUAUAUUUAUGCCAAUCUGCUAAGGGUAAACUAGAAAGCUGGAAAUUUAGAUCUUGAUGUUUACAGAUGUGAUGCCCCUGUACUGUCAGUUGAUUUUCUGCGCCUUAGUGACUUGGAUGCUCUCUAGGAGGUCCAAUGUAAAGUCUUGAUUGUAGGUUUGAACAGAUAGCCAUCAUUCAUUAUAUUGCUCAUUGACAAUGAUUAAAUGUUUUCACCUUACAAAAGAAAAACACCUUUCUUUGACCAUAUUGUAGGGAUUGAUGAGAUUAAUGAUGCCACAUUAUCACUAGAGGAAGCACUUGUUGACAGCAAUAGGGUUAACUACUUCCAUCAGCAUCUUUCUUUCCUUCAAAAUGCCAUAAAGGGUGGUGUCAAUGUCAAGGGCUACUUUGCAUGGUCAUUAUUGGACAACUUUGAAUGGGGUAAUGGUUAUACCGUACGAUUUGGUUUACACUAUGUAGAUUACAAAGAUGGAUUGAAAAGACACCCUAAACUUUCGGCACACUGGUUCAAGAAUUUCCUGAGAAGAGAUAAGGUGGCUUCUGUGUCUAUUCUGUAGCAGAAAACGAAAGACAACCCUAUGUAUUUAUUUUCUUUUAUGAAUAGAAACCCAAGAUAAUAUAUUCUAUGUAUGCUCUCUCUAUAAAUAAUGUCAAUGUCAUCAACAUAUGUGAACCAGCAUGUGUAUCUUUGUAUAAUUGUUAAUAAGUAUCAAAAUUUUUA